AUGGCGGCGCCAGCCCCAAGAAACCACGGCUCUGCGCCUGAGCCUGCGGCACCGCGCCAGUUCAAGAAGCACCGGGUGCUGCCUCGGCCGGUUAUCGAUCAGGCGCACGACGGCUCCAGGCGCAAGGCGCAUGGCGCUCACCUAACUAGCGGCACGCUGGCGCCCAGAAGUUCGACGCCUCACCCGAUGUUAAGCUCAACGCCUCGCCCCGUUAUGAGCUCCCAGCCCUUGAAGCACCAGCUCAGAAGAAUAGGCACCGGGCCCGAUCUGCCUCCAACGCCACCCGCGCUGUCAAACGCAUCCUCCAGCGGCCAGUCCGCCACGCCAUCGAGUCCGACGAGCACAGAGAAUAGCGUUGGGCUGCCGCAUGUCGUCGCGAACCGACCGCCGGCCACGCCCCCCGACCAGCGCGGCCCCCCGACGCCAGAAGUCACCCCGCCGCAUCCCGUGAGCGUCGCCAAGAUGCAGCGUCCGAGCGUCAGGGGCCGUAUGGCUUCGGAAAGCACUAAUGGGCCGUCGUCGAGGGCCGAGUCCUUCAUCACCGCUCGCGAGGAACCGACUUCUUCAGAAGAUGAGGCUGAGAGACCAGCUGGCUGGCCUCGCAGAGUUUCCACGGCUUCGCAAAUCACCAUCACUCGUUCUGAUAAGACUGAUGUUGCCAAUGAGGCACGGCCGACGACUCCUUCAGAUAGGAUGACAACGAAGGAUGUGGCGCUAGAAGGAGAGGAUCAGACACCAAAGGUGAAAGGCAAAAGAGCUGAAUCUGUUGGCACACAGAACCCUAUUGUUGAAGCUGGACAUCCGCAAGAUGCCCACAUAUCCCCUGUGAUAACGCCCCAGAAACACCAGCAUCAACGCCGAUCGCCGGGAGUGUCACGUCCAAUCCUACACCAUGAUCGGGAUCCUGUUGUCAAGGAUAAAGUGUCCGUUGCUCCUACAGAUGCGACACAAGCUGUGCGUAAAAUGCAACUUCAAGAGGCCGCACCAGUAACGUCAUCCUCGAAGAGACACGACGAUCAAAAGCCGGUCCAGCUGGCUCACCCACAGGUGGAGGCUACAGCAAAGCGAAAUGCACGACCGCUAAGCACGUCUAGCCAGUCGACUGUUGUCGAAGUACUUUUAGUGGAUGAACGUCCGAAAAGACAAAGGGCUCUGCGUCAUAUGCGAAAGCAAAGUACCUUGCGAGAUGUUACUGAUAACAGGGAAAAUGAGGGCUCGGUUGCCAAGAGUGCAGACCCAAAUGAGACUCAGAAAGCUCCAGAAGCUGCACAGAGUUCGAAACCAGAAACCUAUGAUCGCGAGAGCCAUGUGUCGACAGUGACAUACUCAACAAACAGAUCUAUAUCUAGCAGAAGUGCGAGACAGGAGAUUUGGCGAAGCGGCGCUAUCCCAGUAGUCAUAGUGCCCAGCCGACGAUCUUCUAGAGGUCCUAGGAGCAAGGAGCCUUCUCUUCGAUCGACGUCAAGUAGGCAUUCGGACAAGGCAAAGAGCACAAAGAGCACUCAUUCCGCCCCUGCUCCAGAUCCCGCGCCCUCUAGGAGCUCUGGCCCUGUCUUUGAGCGACCUGGUCGCCGGAGUCGAGCAUAUUCCGAAUCUGAUGGCUCUGUCAGGACAAUUGACUUUCCCCCAGUGAUUCCGGCGCGAUCCUCGUCGCUCUCUGCCCCGACCAGUCGAAACGUUUCCAGAGUUGGAUCAAUUAAAGCUAGCAGUGUCAAAGUUCACUGCACCUCGAUUGAACAACAGUCCGACCGCCAUUUGAGCCAGGAAGUGCACAUUAUCUGCCCUAGCACGCCUUCGAUAGACCCAUUGACCCCUACAUCUCCGGAAAUGAAAGAUUUGUCAAGGGAAGAGACCUUUGACCACCUUGGCUUUAGCCAACACGACGACGUGUUAUCUGUAAAAAGGAUUCCACUGCGAAACACGCCGUUCUCGGUUGCGUCCAUGGAGACGUGCGCAACAGCUCCAGAGCUGUCAGAAGCUCUUGCUGUUCACAUGUUUCCCCAUCAAAACUCAUCGGUCCUCAUGGUUGACCAUUCAAAUCGACCAUCAGAGAUUCUAAUAGCGAAACGGAUGUCCAGUCCGCCUAUACUAAUGGCGAACUCUGAAGAGAUGAUACCUGUCACUCCUCCUCGGAAAAGAUUCUCAUCACUCGAGGUGGACUCUCCUUUGCGCAACCCGCGAGCUCCGCCUCAACCACCAAAACAGCCACCUGAAUACCCGCCUGCGAUCAAUUUUAUUCCCGCUACGCCGUCGGGAAUGACACCUGCGGCUGAACGACUAAUCCUUCAAGGAAAUUACUUUGAAUCGCUGAAAGAAAAACCUCCCCGGCGGCCUUCUAUCGUCAGGAGAGCGCUCAGCCGACGUCGUCAUUCGAUAGCCUAUGUGCCAAGCUCGAGAGGAGGCUUUCUUGCGAGGACAUUUUCCAUGUCGCGCAGAAACCGCGACGAUAGCGACAUUUCUCUUUAUAAAGACAAUGAUAAGCCGACCGAGGAGGACAAGCUUCAUCCGAAUUGGCGCCCGCAAUGGAUUAGUGACACAGACUCCGAGCCUAUGGAUGAUGACGGCUACGAAAAUGACGAUUACGAUGACCACUAUGAGCGCGAUGAUGAAGUCUAUCGAUACCCCCCGGUGGAUAACCGUCCGCGAAGACGGACAAGGAGCUUCAGCCAAAAGGUGAAGCAGACAUUUGCAAUUCUGCCAUCACGAGAGUAUCACGUUGAUGACGUGUAUGGACCCCAGCGUCGGACAAUUCGACGAACUUCCAGCGGAAAUCUGCGAAUCGUACGCCGCAUCAGUAUUGGAUCUUUGAAGCAACGUCAGGGCCAAAGCGGAAACGAGAGAUAUACUGUGAACGGAGAACCUCGUACACGCUUCUGGCGAAACAGCAACGCUGGCCGAAGCAGUACACGGCGAUUUUCUAUUGGGGGCAAAUUGGAAGAUAUUCAGAAUAUACCCCACAAGAUAAGCGAGAGAAGGCGCGAGAAACGAUCACAGAGACUCAGACAGAUGAUUAGCGGACCGAAAGUAGUCCGAGACGGUGUUGGCGAAGUCAUCAGACGCUAACUAGGUGGUUCAAGAUGUCACCACUCGACGAUU